AUGAACGACCCAAACACUCGACCCUACCGCGCGCCGUGGCUCGCUGUGUACGUCGUUCUGGGCGCCAGUGUGCUUGGGAAUCUGCUGCGUACCGCGUACUGUUCCGCUCGAGACGUGCGCGAGCUGUACCCGCACUUUUCGUUCCAGGAGCUGCUCGUUGAGGAACUCGCCAUGCACCAGACGUGGCUGCCAUUGCUUCGUGUGCACGUGUCGACACUGCAUCUACUGGGCGCGUACGCUGCGGCACUGGCUGCGAAGCAAUGGGGUGUGCUACCGCGAGGCGGGGCGCUUGUAGCAGACCUUUUUUCCGGUCGGUGGCUCUGUUGUCCGCUUUUUGAAACCGUUUUCGCACUACUGCCGUUUGCUGGCGCAGAGCCAGACGUACCUGAGCUGAUAUCGGACGACGAGGCGUCGGCAAUUGACGCAGAUGGAGGGGAUGGAGUUGGUGCAGACAUUGCGCCAUGUCCUGUAGAUGUCGACGCGUGCAACAGAGCACUGGCCAAACUAGUACAGGUGAAGCUGCAGCAUGCCGACCAGACGAUCCCGCGACCUGACGACUGGCUCGUGUUUGACCCCGUGCAAGAAAAGCUGGUGCUGCAGAAAGACACGGCGUGUGUGAAGGACGCGUCUUCUUUGUCGUCGUCGUCGUUGUCGAAACACAGUCACAGCAGUGGCAGUAAGGUUGAUCUUUUGCGUGAGCAGGCCAGUUGGAGACAGUGA